AUGCCCCGUAUUAACACUGCAUUAAAGCAUGUUGAUAUCCACAACAGCUGGCUGCGACAGGCUUAUCAGCAGGGUUUAUUCGACCUAGCUUAUAUCCCUACUAAUAAUAUAGUAGCGGAUGGGCUCACAAAGGCUCUUAUAGGCCAACGAUUUACUACCUUCCGCAACCAACUAGGCCUAGUAGAUAUUGAGGACCUAGUACGAAAUACAGAAGAUGACGAGAGUGAUACCGACUAG